GGCUUGCCCCCAGCAGCACAGCCUCCGUGGUCCAGAUGAAUUCCGCGAGUCGCGAUCUCCGUGGUUGACAGUCGAGUCUCUGCAGUAGCCAAAGGUCCUUCUUUCGGUGCCGUUUUUAUCGUUGAUUCGAUCGUGUCACGUUUGAUCCUUGCCUCUGAGGUCCUUCCGAAGACGAUCGACGUCGAUGAGAGAAGAUUUGCCGUUGAUAAACGGCGUAAAAUUAAUUCGAGCCAACUGGUAACAACAUCGCUUGAAAAUGAUACCCUGGAAUUUUCUACUCGCAAUGGUUUCGGUGUUCUGCUUAACCCCGGGACAAAUUGAGGCGCAGAAAAGUGGCUGGAACUUAACGCCGAACACGCAGUACCACAUUCAGACCGACGAAGGCCCCGAGCGCUACUUCCGGUAUCAGACUCUGAACGGGCAGUACCGGAAGGAAAAACGACUCGCGGAUGGAACCGUGAUCGGAACUGAGGGCUGGCUAGAUCCGCUGGGGUAUUUACGAAUCAAGGAUUACAUCGCAGACACGGAAGGAUACAGGAUACUUCGAUCCAAAAUGGUUUACGUCGGAGAAGAGAGACCAAUCGAAGAGGCAGUAUCAAUAUCGAAGAAGGUGCCGGCGCAGAGUGGAAUUCUAGCCAAACCUCAGAGGCCAGUGAAUCCGUUCAGGCAACCCGAGCUGAAGGAGUUGCCGGGCAACGGGAUCGAGGCCAACACGGUGACGCCUCUCGGCUCGACGGCGUCGGCGCCCGUCCAUCCGGGGGUGCAUUACCAGCUGCCCAUCUCGACGCCGGCGCCGGUCGCACCCCCGACGCUCUACUCGCCGUACGGGGAAAGGGCGCCUCUUCAAACGCUGGAGGACGGUUACUCGCAGCCGAACACGAACUACCUUCCAGCCUUCACCCCGUACCAACAGCCAUACGUGAACCAGUACAACCGGUACAACCAGAACCCGUACAGUGGGUAUAACCAGGCUGCGCCGCCCCCGUCGGCGGUUUUCCAGCCGCCCCUUUACGGCCAGAGAUACCCGGAAGUAGGCCAGGGCUUUCGGGCUUACGAUUCGACCCGGAACGAGACCCUGCGGAGGAGCGAAAUCGUCCAGGCGAGUCCUCCGGCCGAACAGAGGACUCAAACUUCAGGCGGUCAGUUUCCGGAGUACGAUGGAACGCACACCGUGAAAGACGGGUUCCAGUACUACCUGAAAACGCACUACCACGAGGAGGAGAACCGGCCGAGCGAAGAUGAGAAGAUCGGCUCCUUUGGGUACAUCGAUCCCUUCGGGAUACGGAGGGUGGUUUACUACAAGGCGGACGCCGAGCACGGUUUCAUUCACAAGAAGAACAACCGUUACGUCGGGUUUCAAGCGACUCCCUACGACCCCCAGCUGCCAUCUAGAACAUAGAUUAAUCGAGAUUGUUGUAUUAUUGUUAGUCUUUAAGAGAGCCGGGCCUCAUCGCGUCAGGGAAAAAUAUGGGUGAAACUGUUCGCUCGGAGAUAUCAUAAAUUUGGCGGUUGAAAAUCGAAUUGGUUAAA